AUGAGGGACAACAAAGGAUUUUGCUUCAUCCUUCAAUACCGCACAACCUGCGCACCAGGAUUGGUUCCCUUUGGGGGAGCAGACAUGAAGCAUCACUUCAAGCAUAAAUUUGUAGAUGAAGUCAUGAAGGAAGAGAUAGGUCAACUCUUGAUUUGCAAUCGUCACUGGAGCAAUAAUCGUCUCAUUGAUAAGGUGGAUGGCUUCCUUUCACCCUUAAGGCGCGACAGGAUGAUAGAAAACUGGAUUGUAGAUGGAAUUCUCAAGACCAUGCCUGCUGGAGCAUAUCAAUGGGGAGGGCCUUCAAAAGCACCGACACCAUUGCAACGCGAACAUUGGGUGGAGCUGCCUGGCACACCUUUUUAUCUGUCCCAUGAGGUUCUUUUUUCCAAUUUCUUCAAUGAGGUCAAGGAGUUAUGCCGCAAGUUCAAAAGCUCUGUAACGAGGGGUGCUACCAUCGUUGGGAACCAGCGCAUGUGGAAGGCCUUUAGCAGGGACCUAGUUGAAGGUGUUUGCAGUCCCGAUAUCAUCUUGAUCACUGACAGUUCGGAGAAGGUCAAAUGGUCCCAAGUUAUUUCUGCUAUGGAGGUGAAGUGGAAAGAUUCGCCUAAGCUUUUUUGGAGUGCACUCGACCAACUCAGUGAUAAGGCAACCUUCAUCUUCCAUCACCAACCACAAUGUCAAUGGUUCCCUUCUCUCAGCUUGUGUGGAACAGCACUUCACAUGUCUGUAUUCACCCAUGGUGGAAGUGUUCACUCCCUACCUCUCAAUGUGGGUGCAGACCCAAAAUUGUUCUCUAAGGUCAUGAACUACUUUAUGGAGUCAGAACUUUCAUGGCUGGGAUACGACACUUACAUAUUCUGUCAUGCCACACUUCAGAUUUGGGACGACAAGCCACAUUGGUUGGAGGAUGAAGACGAAGACGAAUCAGGAGAUGAAGAAUUUUCCCUAGUUGGAAACCUUCAUCGAUCUAUCGGUGUGUUAUUCGUAUUCGAAUCUUACAUUCUCUUGACACCUACGGUUAGGUCUGUAUGGCAAAGGCACGUGGGUCUUCUCAAGACCUCCAAAGAGCAAGAUCAUGGUGAUCGUUCAGACAGAGAGUGUGCGGAGAAGCUGGAUGGAGUCUAUUGCCGCGUCCACAAUCUAUAUUGGGACGAUAUGAAAUCCCUCCAAGGAAUUACCAUUAUGGAAGACCACAUGCACCCUUCCAUUGGUCUGUUCAGCAAAUCUCCGCUUCCUCAUAUGUCCGUCACUUCCAUCUGUGCUGCCAUGAUCCCGGCAGCAGACUUGCCAAGAUUGUCAACAUAUCUCCAAAAGAUCGCCAACUUGAAGAACAACAUCGAUCCCGUACUACUUUUACUACUUGUGGAGUGGACAUUUUGUGGUUUGGAACUGCAUGAGAAAUGUUUCACGGUAUUGCAUCGUGAUGUCAGCGAUGGAAACUCCAUGCUCCUGUUGCAUAAUAUCUCUGCCGAAUUUGCUAUCCCUCCAUGUCCUGAAAAAGCACCUGAAGGGUGGACCUCUUUCUCAUACUCUGCUUUGGUUUUCUCUGCUAUGACUAUUGGUGGCCAUCGUGACUUGAACUCUGUCAUGAACAUUGACUAUCCUGGUUUCUGCAACGCUAGAAGGAGUGCUUUGAACCACACUUCUGCUUCUGAUCUCAUACUGAGGUAG